AUGUUACGAAACAACUCACUUCCUUCCUUCCUUCAUCAAUCUUUCCCAUCCACGCCCGUGGAAACGACCCCAGCCUUCAACAUCAACGCCACCGACGCCAAAGGACGCACCGCCCUGCACCUGGCGAUCAGCAGCGGCCACGAGAGCCUGGUCCUGCACCUCUUGGCGAACGGCGGAAGCGCUCGACGAGCGGACGACAACGGCGCCACGCCCCUCCACUACGCCGUCAGGUGGGGAGGCUCGGACGCCCUUCUCAGACGCCUCCUGAAGCAGAAGGGUAACGUCAAUGAGGUUGACAGGCUUGGCAGGACACCUCUCCAUUACGCAGCCAGCAAGAGCUCGAUCAUGUCGGACAUGUACAUCCUGAUCAACAACGGAGCCCAGAUCAACGUGCGAGACGACAGGGGCCUGACGCCCCUCCACUUGGCGGCGCGCCUGGGGAACGAGUCCCUGGUGCGGAUCCUGCUGGACAACGACGCCCGUCACGACCUCCCGGACUGCGACCAGUUCCUGCCCGUCGACCACGCCAGGGAGAACGGCCACAAGUGCAUCAUAAAGCGCCUGGAGGCGUACCACAUCAAGAAGGAGCGGGACAAGGAGGCGCGCCUCAAGUUCUACGUCCCGAAGAAGGAGGAGGAGGAGGAGGUUCCGGAUGUGAUGGACUUGCAGAACACGAAGCAGGUCGUGGGUCUCAAGGACGAGGAGCAAGUGGUGGUAUUGGGAGGAGGAGAAGAAGAGACAUGACCCAGCCUCCCUUCGCUCGAGUUUUUCAUGAUUUUUAAAUUUUUUUUUUUUUAUUAGAAUCGAUCGAUACUACUUACAGGCACUCUUAGAAAAGAAAAAUCUCUAAUUUCCGCAUUUUGGUUUAUGUGAUGGAGAUGAUGGAUGAGACAGUAAUGAGGAAAGGUUUGAAUAAUUACGUAGCGUCCAAGCUCUUCAGAUAGAGCAGUUAAGGGGCUUGAUAAACUCUAUGAACAAAGGUAGGUGAUACGACACAAUAGGCUGAAAACAGAGAUGUUAAUCAACUAGAUUCUACUAGGAGGUCCUUAUGAAUAAAUACAGGUAAAUUUCUUCACGAGCAAGUCAAAUAUUCUAGGCUCCUUUUCCUGAUAGGAUAGUUUUGGCACUAUCCAAAAUACUAGGAGAAUUCAUGUAAACUGCAAAAGAAUUUAAGUAAUUUUUAAAUAAAAAAUUUACGUCUUUCAGAAAACCGCGAUUUAGUAUGCUGAAGCCUUAUCACUUAGACCGGAAGUACAAAAAAAAAAAAAAAAAAAAAAAAAAACAUUUGUAGUUUGCACUUCAUUGAAACCUGAAUUAUGCCCAAGUAAUCGUCAUUUUAAAGAUGGAAAUAUGGCACCAACUACAGAAAGAAACAAGUAUCUGUACAAUUAUCUUAACAGUGAUGCUAUUCAGAACGUUUCUUAGCUAUUUGACCUUAGAAGCCUAUUGUCCAUAUACUUAUCUGAACUUGAAGAGUACUGUCUUAAAUUCAUUACUGACAAUAUAAUCUAAUAAAAAUUAUCCUUCUAAUUCACGUUUCAGAACGAUACAAAGCACGACUUUUUCAUAAAUAGAAAAAAAAAUUAAUAAAACAGUCGUGCUUUUCUAUCCUUCUGGAACGUGAAUUAAAACGAUUUUCCUAUUCGAAACUUGUCAAAGAAAAUAUUCGUAAAGACGCAAAAGCUGGUAAUGAUGGGAAUCUAUUUUAAUCUAUUUUUUAUAGUUAAGAAAAGAGAAACAUGAAACCUUAACAAUUAAAAAUGCUACCUGUAAUGGCUAAUUUUAACUGCUUAACUUUCACUCGUUCUAUAUAAUGUAGUUUUUUGUCAUUCUUUUAUAAAUGCACUGUGUCCAUUGCAUAAAAGAUUUGUUCACGUGAGUCUUAUAACGUACGAGUCCUGCUUAAGGUUGGAGAGUCUGUGAUAAUUUUUUGGUUUAAUCAGUUUUAUAAUAUUUUCCCUUACUCGGGGAGUAAGCUUGCAAACUACUUUGCUGUUGUUGUUGGGUGGGGGAGGGGGGUGGUAGGAAAGCCCUAUGGAAAAGCCUAAAAAGUUCUGAAAGAGGUGCUUAGCGUUGAGGUAAAGAUACAGGAAUCUUAAGAUAGGAUAUUUAUGAUUUAUUUAUUAGAAUGAAAAUGUAAAGAAUAAAUAAUGUGCAUGUUAAACAGUACAGAACAAUUAUUUCUGAUUAAACAUAGCCUAUUUAUUUUAAUUUUCGUUAAUGAAACGAUGCGAUAUUUGACCUUAGAUUUUAGCAUGUCCCCCGAGUAAGCUGUUUGCCUUCAAUGUUCUUUUAGCAUAUUGAAUCUUAUGUUUUAUUAAGAGUAGAUUCAACUAACUCUUACGCAGUAUUUCUUCACCUGGGAAUCUACUUACAGAAAAAGCUCAGUUUGACAAGCUGGUGAUUUUGUUAUGAGUUCCUGGUGAUCUUUUUUUAAAUAUGAUUCCACAAUCGAAGUAAAUUGUACGACCAAUUACCACUCAUCUUUCGUCCUCUCAAAACUAUACUCUGUUUUCUUUCCAUUUGUCCAUCCGGCUGUGGUAUAUGCUUAUGGUAACACUGCGUCCCGGGCUUUAGGUAGUUACAUUCAGCUUACAUUCAACAAUAAUAAUAAUAUCCUAUUUCGAAUAUUAACGGUGUAAUUAGCAUACAGUAACUUAUUAAAACACUUUUCAUUUGCAAAUGUACACCCAGAUAUCCUUUUAAUUACCUAAAACUUACACAUAGCGUAACUAUUUAAAGCCCGGGACCCAGUGUUACCAUGCGAAAACACCACAGGCGGAUGGACAGAUGGAAAAAAACAGAGUGUAGAAAUUAAGUAGAUUUCACUACCGCUCUUUUCUUACCCGUUUGAAUUUAAGCUUUGUUUUAUUAUUUCGUGUAUUGUGGAUGGAAUAAAUUCAUAAGGAAAGCUGUAGAAUGUAUGAUCGCUUUUGACAGUGUAGCAUCAACUAAAGAUAUAGGAUGUAACACAGCUUGAGUUAUACUUUCUUUUAAAAUGGUAAAUAACUAGUGCUCGGUGAGCUAAAGAUCAUUAUGGCGAGGUGAUGAAUUCUUACAACGAAGCUAUUUGAAGAUAUUUGUAACAGUGAAGUGUAUUUUACAAUUUUAAUAAAAUUGCUUGAAAAGUC